UUUUUUCUUUCCCCCAAACGGUUUGAAAAGUUAAACAGCAUCUGUUUGAGAUGAGAGAAUGAGAAGCGGAGAGAUCUGACAGCUUCUUCUCGUCUUCUCUGAAUUUCUUCUGAUCGUUGAGGUCGACGGAGCUGUUCCCAUGGCGGAAUUCAACUGAAGAACCGAGCUAGAUUUAAGGAAUGCUUUAAGAUCCGUGUCUCUUGUUACAGCAUCUCUACUUUUAUCUUUUCUUCUCUCUCUCGCUACAAUUUCCAAGACCGCACCAUUAUAGGCCGUUUUGUCCUCUGCACAGAGAGAGAGAGAGAGAGAGAGAGAGAGAGAUUCGGAUAAGCUUAACAUGGGGAGGCCUCGCUCAUGCUUUCAAAUAAUCACAUGUGGUAGCGAUUCAAAGGACAAAGAUGAGAUCGAUGUACUUGAGAGUAAGGAUUCUAAAGACAAACGAACCUGGAGUUUCCGUAAGAAAUCUUCCCAGCAUCGUGUGCUCAACAACACUGUAAUCGCAGAAACUCCUGCUGCAGAGAAGGAGAAUCUUGAAACUACUACCUUCGACUUCCAAUCAUCACCUAGCUCCACUGUUCCUGAGAAACCCACUGUAAUACACUUCACUAAUGAGGAGACCCAUGUGCCUAACGUUGAGAAUCCUAAAGGAUCUGAUAAGGUGGAUGAUGCAUCCGAAAUUGAAAAUAAGGUUGAUAGUGAGGUUGAGGAGGCUAUUGUUGUUGUCAUCCAGGCUGGUGUCAGGGGGCUCUUGGCACAGAGGGAGCUGCUUAAACUCAAGAAUGUGAUAAAGGUGCAAGCUGCUGUUCGUGGGUUCUUGGUAAGGAGACAUGCUGUGGGAACACUUCGCUGUGCUCAAGCCAUUGUCAAAAUGCAAGCUAUUGUACGUGCUCGUCGUGCUCGUCUCUCUCCUGAGGGAUCAGCUCCAGAUGAGCUGCAUAAGAAGAAUGAGAAGGAAAAUCCUGGUUCAAAAAUCAUGGCGAAGGGAGGGAGAACAAAAUCCAAUUUGAGAUAUAUUUCAAUUGAAAAGCUACUUAGCAAUAAUUUUGCCCGGCAGUUGUUGGAAUCAACACCAAGGAACAACCCAAUCAAAAUCAAGUGUGAUCCUUCCAAAAACGACUCUGCUUGGAAAUGGUUGGAGCGCUGGAUGGCUGUUUCAUCAUCGGAUGUCUUGGAGCCGAAGGAAGAAGAACUGGCCCCUGAUCAAUUGGAAAAAGAAACCGAGGAGCUGAAGAGAGAAGAAUCAGACACUGAGCUAACGAAAGGAGAAAUCAAGGAGUCUCAUGCUGAGGAUCGAAUUGACUCAAAAGCUUUGUCUGAAACAGAAGAUUUGAACUCCAGCACCAUUAAAUCAGUUUCACCAUCUGAAAGUGAAGAUUUAAUGACUUAUGACGCCGAUAACUUACAAUCUCAGACCAGCUGCUCUCCAUCUUCAUUAGUAAAAGAUAAUCUGGAGCAGCCUCUUCCAGAGACUGCUAGAACAGCUGAAGCUAAAGAGAUAUCAACUAAGGUUAGUUCUGUUCAAGAUCAGAAAAUACAGAUGGAUGAUGUAGGUUUACAAACAGAGUCGAAUCCUCUGAAAAGAUUAGCCCCCGAACAACUGGAGAAUGAGGGUAAGAAAUUUGUGCUUGGAUUAAGGAAGGUGAACAAUCCAUCAUUUAUCAAUGCCCAGGAAAAAUUUGAACAGCUGAGUUCACCAUCAUAUUCAACUGGAACAAUUAGAUCAAUGUAUCAAGAUGAUGGAAUUGAACCUCAUUCUGAAACAGUAUCAUCCACAACAGAUACUUCACCGAGGACGAAGGAGUCAAGUGCAGAUGAAAAUAUUGUCCUUCCGGCAUCUAGGAUAGUUCAAGUUGGUGUCUCUGAAUGUGGCACCGAGCUCUCUAUUUCUUCCACCCUUGAUUCACCUGGUAUAUCCGAAGCAGGAGUGGCAGAUCCACAUUCAAAUGAUGUUUCAAAGAAAAGAGUCCAAGAUCCUAGCAGUGAUCUAAUCACGGAAGUUGAAGUCAAGGGUUCUAUUACUCCAAUGCAAAAAGGUACUCAACUUCUUGUGGAUCAACCAGAAGAAGUUAGUGAAUCUAAUGGCCAUUCCAUCACUUCAGUAGCUGUUGUAGACUCUGCACCAGAAGUUAGUGAAUCAAAGCUAGAGAGAAGUUCAUCAGAUAAGCAGAGAGAAAAGGAGGCCGGUACGGGUCACGAUCAUCAAACAUACAGAUCAUCUCCAGAAGCUUCUCCAAGAAGUCAUUUAAAUGUUCCAGAAUCUCAAGGAACACCGUCUAGUCAGGUAUCAAUAAAGGCUAAACGGGAUAAAACUGAUAAGAGCCAAAAGCAAAAGUCUCCAUCAGCAGGAAAGAAAUCACCAUCCAGUUUAAAUUGCAAUUCUGGCACGAGGAGUAGUACAGAUAAUUCUUACAAAGAUCAGAAGACUGGGAAGAGAAGAAACUCAUUUGAUUCAGCACGACCGGAAAAUGUUGAAAAGGAAUUAAAAGAGAGCAUUAGUAGCAACUCUCUUCCUCACUUCAUGCAAGCCACACAAUCUGCUAGAGCCAAGGCCUCAACCAACUCCCCAAGAUCAAGUCCGGAUGUUCAAGAUGGAGAAUUAUACAUCAAGAAAAGGCAUUCCUUACCUGCUGAUGGCCGGCAAGGAUCUCCACGCAUUCAGCAGUCAACAUCUCGAACCCAGCAGGGAGUGAAGGGAAAUGAGAAAAUGUGGCGAAGGUAAGCAGGCAACCACAUGGUGGUAACCAGCUUGAGGAGACAACUUGACAUCAAUGCGUGCACAGCUAAUUUCUGAUCUACAUUUUCAUGAGCUUAGUUAAUGAAGCCAGGAGGUGUGGAUCUGCUCAGGAAAGAUGUGUAAAUUGCCAUUUCUAUCUACUAAUUGUUUGUUUGUUUGUUAUCUCUCCAUUUCCCCCCUCCCCCUUCAAAAAUUUUCCAUCACCUGUUAGUAAUUUACAAGUUUGUGGUCAUUGUGUGCGUCAUAUUUACUAGAUUUGUUACAAAUGGUUUUGCUUGUGUUUGUGUUUGUGUUUGUGUUUGAGCUAGCUACAGUGUGAUGAAGAGAUUCAAAGGAUAUGUAUUCUUUUUUCCCCAGGUUUUUUACCUUUAUAAACAGAAAAUAAUUGAGCCCUCUCUUAUUU